AGUCGGAGGGAGGCUGGGAAUGCAGCUGAGCCCGGGUGCAGAGCCUCACCUGGCGCAACCCUCACUCCUCUGAGUCCGAAUUGCAGUUCCGCGCCGCUGUAACCAUGAAGGAGAGACGGGCCCUGCAGCCAGUUGUAGCCAGAUGUAAGCUCGUCCUCGUGGGGGAUGUGCAGUGUGGGAAGACAGCGAUGUUACAGGUGUUAGCGAAAGACUGCUACCCUGAGACGUACGUGCCCACGGUGUUCGAGAAUUACACGGCUUGCUUGGACACGGAGGAGCAGAGAGUGGAGCUCAGCCUCUGGGACACCUCGGGUUCUCCCUACUAUGACAACGUCCGUCCACUCUGCUAUAGCGACUCGGACGCAGUAUUACUAUGCUUUGAUAUCAGCCGCCCGGAGACAGUGGACAGUGCACUCAAGAAGUGGAGGACAGAAAUCUUAGAUUAUUGUCCCAGCACCCGUGUUUUGCUUAUUGGCUGCAAGACCGACCUGAGAACAGACCUGAGCACUCUGAUGGAGCUGUCUCACCAGAAGCAGGCUCCCAUCUCCUAUGAGCAGGGCUGUGCAAUAGCCAAGCAGCUGGGUGCAGAAAUCUACCUGGAAGGCUCAGCAUUCACCUCAGAAAAGAGUAUCCACAGCAUCUUCCGGACAGCGUCCAUCGUGUGUCUGAACAAGCCCAACCCAGUGCCCCCCAAGAGCCCUGUCCGAAGCCUCUCCAAGCGACUGCUCCACCUCCCUAGUCGUUCUGAACUCAUCUCUUCUACUUUCAAGAAGGAAAAGGCCAGAAGCUGUUCCAUCAUGUGAAGGGGGGUUUGGAGAGGGGAGACAACCUCCCAUCUCCUCCCUUGGGAGCAGAGGCACAGGGAGAGGGAGGAUGAGACUGUUAAAGACACCGGACAUGCGUUUUUCAGAUGGCCACAGAGAGGGCUUGGAAGGAGACAGGAAUGGGACAAGGAAAGAGCCAGGCCCGGCUAGAGGGCCUGACACUAAGAAAGAACCAUCACACCCCAAGCCAGGUACUAGGUUGUGGAGGGGGCAGCUGCCCCCACUCCAGAGGAAGGCAAGGUGUGGGGCUAGGGGGCGCGCUGGCCUCACGGGAGCCUACAGGAGCCUCACCUUCAGCUUCAUGCCUCUUCCACACACCGUUUCCAUGCAGGCCAGGGGAUCGGAGGGGUCUCUGAGCCCUUCCCUUCCCCUCCGAGGAGUGGAGGGUGGAGAAGCCAAGAGGCAGCGCCCUGGGAGCUGGGCCCAGGUGCUUCGAAACUGAAAUCAGCAUGGCAGGAGCUGUCAGGGUCAGUGGGAAAGCAGCUCAUCUUUGCAUAGCCAAUGCCUCCUGGAGAGGUGACAUCACACAUUCACAUGCUUCUCACCUAAGUCCCCAGGGUCCAAGGGAGAAGCCACAGACCCCCUUUUCUUGCAGUGUGGGGGUGGUGGUGCUACAGGGGGCAGGGCUGGGUGAGGGUCACCGGACUUUGUCUGCCCUUAGGGCAGUACAGCUGGCAUUUGUUUCAUAGACUUGUCUUUGGAAAGGGCGGGGGAGGGGAUCUGCUAUAUGUUCUGUGUUUAAAGAAGAAAACCUAUUUAUUAAUGAAAAAUAUAAUACAUAUAAAGAA